AUGUCGUCUCGUCAUCUUGCACACACAGCCGCGGACUUAAGGUGGAGCGAGUACAGAGCCAGCAUCGAUAAGUUCGAUAAAUGGACACCGAAUCCUAAACAGUCAGAUUUUUGCAUAGCUUCGCUUGGCGAUAUUGAGGAUAAAGUAAACUAUUAUCACAAGUGCAAAGUUGAUGGCGUUUGUCGUGAUAUGCUAAUCAAUGGCAGCGACUUUGGUUACGCGCUUCUUCAUAGAUUACUGUUUCUGCAGAGUGCUCGAUAUGGGCGCGGUUGCAGCAUAUUCUCUCCGCCACAAGACGACGACUUAAGAAACAAAUUCUGCUCCAUAGCAUACGGCGAAGCUGAGCUUAUAGCUCAACACGGCUUUAAUAUUGCAGAUCUGCUAUUUGAACAAGUUAGUCUCUGCGCAUUAGACGGUCACGUGGAGUUCCUUCGACGUUCGUGGCUGUCAAAGCUUCUUGAACACCAAUCCACAUUAGGCUGUUUUGGUUAUCGCCCUCAACAAACUCUAUAUGUGGAAACAAAGAAAGCGCAAACUUGGCGAAUAUCUAAGCAAAAUCAUCAAUUACUCGGAGGACACUGUAACGGUCAUUUCACAUCGGUUGCAGCCGCAACUUUGGCAGCCGCUGUUAGGUUCAUACUGGAGAAUUAUUAA